CCAUGACUUAAUGAUGAAAUCUGUGACCAGCGUCAAAGAUAAUAGCAGAAGAAAUGCAGUGAUUUUUGGCCGCAAGACCAUGGUUACUGAUGCUGAGUGUAGUAAUCCAUUUCCAAAUACUAUUAGCAUUGUUCUUAGCAGAAAAAUAAAAGAAAUGCCUCCUUGGACUGACUACCUCUGCCACUCACUAGAAGAAGCCUUGUCAUUGGUCAAUGGGAAAAUAUCCAAUCAAAUUGAAAGUGUUUGGAUUAUAGGAGGAGCUGAAGUAUACAAGUUCGGGUCAACUUAUUGUGACUACAUUUAUUUAACAAGAAUAUUUGCUGAUUUUAAUUGUGAUACAGUGUUUCCAGAAAUUGAUUGGAGCCAGUUUGUAAAAUUCAGGGAUCCUGAAGUAGAUGAUGCUGAACAAACAGAAAAUAAUGGAAUUAAAUUUCAAUUUGAGAUCUACCGUAGAAAAUGACAGUUAUGAUGUGUAUUAAAAUGAGGGAUGUAGUUAUGGUGGAUGUAGUUGGGCGUGGCCACCCAGCCUUGAAGUUUUCCACGCAGCCUAAAGAUGAUUUCAUGGCCCUCCACCCACCCUAACCCACUUUUCCAUCCUUAAAAAUCCACUCUUAUUAUUUAGAGUUUAUUAAUGUUAUCACCCACCCAGUGGUGCAUCUAGGGGUCUUGAAGUGGUUGCGCUGAUGGGGGCUCGAUGAUCAGGUGAGGGGGAGGGGAGGUUGUGGCCACUAACUUGCAAAAUAUGGUGAUUUUAAGUGCUGCUUAACAAAUUGACCGUGAUUUUUAGAGAGGCAUGCGCCCCCCUCCCCCUCUGCCCACCC